AAGGUCGUCCCGUACACAAGUCUUAUGGUGGCAGGAGAUUCCGAACUAAUGAGUAUCCCUGGAUCGCGCAUUUGCAUAUCGGAGGUGCACUACCAUGAGGACUACGAUGCAUGUACCUCAGAAGAUGAUAUAGCAGUCCUCGAACUAGCUAAAAACGUUCCCCGUCACUGGGCUACACCCAUAUGUUUACCGGAUAGAGAAGAGACGAUUUCUGACGACCUUAAAGCCGCAGGAUCUGGAUGGAGAGUAUGUCAAAUCACUUCACUGUUCCACUUUGAUACAGAGGCAAAUGUACAGAAAAAGGGGUCGAAAUGCACGAUCUAA